GUGGGGGUGCUGCUGAUUCAGAGGUUAGGAAUUUGCAUCUGAUGGCUGUUUGUCAACCAAUGAUAUGACUGUGCAGGCCGGAGAGUCUCUCCACGCCUCUCUCUGUCUGUCUGUCUCGGAGCGACGCUCAAACUCUGAAAACACAAUUACACGCCGAGGCCGAAUGCGUGGAUAUCAUGCAGUCACAUGAAACCACUUUAUUUCUAGCCGAUAAACACACGGACCACCGCUGCUCUUCGUCGCUUCGGUGCCGUUUUCUCUGCGUGUAACCGGAGGGGGGGAGACUCAGGACUCAGAGGCGGACAACAGGAAUGUUUCUUCCGCUUCCAAAGAGUGUCAAAACCGAACGGAAGCCGAUGCGGUCGGUGUAGGCUGUCAGUGAAGUUUUGAACUCCCACCUUCACUUCUACUGCGUGUGCCUCAUUGAACGCUGUGUGAUUCAGCCCUGCUACCGACUUUGGUUUCCCCCCAGCUGCAGGAAAAACCACUGAGACAAGAGAGCAGCCUCUCGAGAACUCCAUCUGACCUCUGACUGCAUGUCUCAGAGCGCUCACCGACCCCACUUCUCUUUUUCCUCCCUCCACUCCUACUCAAGGACCUACAUUUCCACAUAACCAUACCCUUCAAACCUUCAGCCAGCUGUUACCUGGUUCAUCACAGGCACAGUGGGCAAUUGCUUCUUCUUGGGAAAAGGUUUGAACGUUGUCCCCCGACCAGCCCCCAACUGGUGCUCGUUCAGUGGGGGAGGGAGGGGAAGGAAGGCCACUGAUUGCUGUGCCGCUUUCCCUGGAGAUGAAGCUGCAGGCCGUCAUGGAGAACCUGCACAGGCAGCAGAGGGCCAAACUGUUGAUGGAGCAGCAGCUGCAGCAGCAAGCCGCCGCACAGCACACUCAGGUCCGCUCAGGUGGAGGGGAUGAGCCGAUGGGGAGCCCGGCCCCCGAGGCGGAGCAGGCCCAGAUGGCAGCACUGGCAGCCAUGCGUGCUGCAGCGGCCGGGCUGCAGAGGGUGUCAGAAAGCCCCAUGUCAGAGCGCAGCAGCGGCGGCGAAGAGGAAGGUGACGAUGAUGACAAUGACGAAGGGGAAGAGCCCUACAAGGACAUGAUGGGAUCAGAUGAAGAGGAGCAGAUCAAACAGAAAUGGGACGAGGAGGACUUUGAAGGUGAGAUGGAAGAAGACUUUGACGAUGACCUGACAGAAGAAGGUCUGCCAACGGGCCAUGAUGCUGUGGCCCCAGGGAAGGGCAUCCUCCUGCUGCCUCACCGCCAGCUCCACCCCCAUUCGCAGCUGUUGAAGGUCCGUCCCAGUGUCGAGCAGGAGCCGCGAGUAGCCAUCCUCCCUCCACAUGCUACGCACAGCCAUCUAGGUGGGCAGGACCACGGGGAAUGGACCUAUGAGGAGCAGUUCAGACAGCUGUAUGAACUGGAUGGAGACCCAAAGAGAAAAGAGUUUUUGGAUGAUCUCUUCAGCUUCAUGCAAAAAAGAGGAACUCCUGUGAAUCGUAUUCCCAUCAUGGCCAAACAGGUCCUGGAUCUGUACAUGCUCUACAGGCUGGUGACGGAGAAAGGCGGCCUGGUGGAGGUCAUCAACAAGAAACUGUGGAGGGAGAUCACCAAGGGACUCAACCUGCCUACCUCAAUCACCAGUGCAGCCUUCACCCUCCGCACACAAUACAUGAAGUACCUGUACCCAUAUGAAUGUGAUAAGAGGGGUCUGAGCAACCCCAACGAGCUUCAGGCAGCGAUUGACAGUAAUCGACGGGAGGGCAGACGACAGAGCUUUGGCAGCUCCCUCUUCACUUACUCACCCAAUGGGACGCCCACCAUGCUGUCCUCGCCGAAGCUCCCCACGCCUGGUGUGGGCCUGACAGUGGGAACCAACGGGGCUUCGUUGACCCCCAUCCAGAAGAUCAAGAAAGAGGAGGGAAGCCAGCCGCUGCCGGGGGUUGGUGUGGCUCGUUUGCCAGCGGGGGCUUUGGCAGGUCACUCGGUGGCUGCUGUGCAGGCAGCGGCAGCCCAGGCAGCGAUGGCAGCUCAGGUGGCUGCUCUGGAGCAGCUGAGGGACAAACUGGAGGCGGGUGAGCCACCAGAGAAGAAGAUGGCGCUGCCAGCCGAGGAGCACCACCGACUGCUGCAGAGAGCUCUGCAACACAACCUGCUGGCCAUGACUGCUCAGAUACCUAUGAACAUCCGCAUUAACAACCAAGAUGGCAGGCAAGAGUCUGCUCUGAACCUCACCACCAACGGCACAAGCAGCAUCAGCAUGUCAGUGGAGCUCAAUGGAGUGGUGUACACUGGUGAGCGUUCUUUUGCUCAGGCAGCAGCAGGGUCAGUCUCGUCUGGUGCGUCUGCAUCGUCCGUCUCCAACAAGGCCGUCAGCAGUCGUGUCGCUCCACAGCAGCAGCAGAACACACCUACCUCAACCUCCAGCAACCCGUUGUCUUAACAAACUCCUAGCCUUUUCACUUUUUUUUUUUUAAAUUACCACGCUAAGUAAAGCCAAAAAGCAACCUCAUUUUCUAUAAUAUCUAUGCCAAAAAAUAAACGAGGAGAACCAUAAACCACACCGAAAGACACAAACUGAAACUCAGUUCUCUUGAAGUACACUAUCUCAGGUUUUCUCUCACAAACUCACCUCUUUUGUUCUUCAUCGCCAAAAUGAGUUAAAAAAAAAAUCCCAACUGAGAGCCAGUAUAUGCUAAACAAAUACGUAUGCACAACCUGUGAAUUAUUUAUUUCUGCAUAAAUGUACAGAUUAUUGGAGAACAAAAGAGAAGGUAAUAACUAGGAAGGGUAAUGCAUUGUUUACACACACAAACACAGCUACUGACUGACAAUGAUGUUUUAUCCUUUAGGGGAGAGAUUUUUUCGAAGAUUUUAUUUUAACUCUUCAUUGUCAAUAUUAUCAUUAUUGUUAUUCUCUUUAUUGUGUUUUAUCAUUUAAAUCUUUAACAAUCCUCUCUCUGCAGGAAAACAAAAUCUAUAUAUUUAGAAUUCUAUAGAAAAAAAGAAAUAUGAAUAUUCUCUAUUUUUAAUCAGAAGAGCUUUAAAGGUAUGUGUUGUUUCUUCAGGGCAUAUAACAAUGUACCGUUGUGACCUCAUUUUGUGUAAAACCUUAGAACCUUAUUCACAUGGCAGCCAUUUUGGAUCUCUAUGUGGAAGAACAAGUCCAGUGCAAGUCUGUGCUCCGGUUGUUUAAAGAGAUACACAUCAUAUCAGUGCCACAAAUGCUCCUGUGAAAUUGAAAAAAGGAUCUUUUAAUCACUUUUGAACACUUUUGGUCCAUUAUUAAUCGCUACUACACUCUACGUAGGUAGUAGCUUAUUACAGGGCUACGUAGCUGUUGGGGUUUUUCUUCCAUAGACAGCUGGCUCAUUUAUAUCUAACAUCCACUCCUGUUUGUUGACAUAAGGCCAGUUCAAGACAUAUCUAUGCCAAUCUUGCAGGUGGUUUGUAAAGCUUAGUGUUCAAAAUGGCUGUUUAAUAGGUGUAAGGUCAGUUGUGCAGGUAGUAAAACGUUUCUUGAGUGUUUUGCCUCCCCACACCUCAUCAUGCCCGGACUUUUAUCCCAAACCGACUGUUCCUGUUCAGGGUUCAGACUUUACGGGAAUAAUGCAAGUUUUCAUGAUUGUUCUCAGGUGUCUCAUCGCUUUGUACAGUAUCACGCAGUCUUCUGUUGCACUCGACAGGGCAAUGCUUUUCCAGGUCCGUUUUAUCUUUAACUUUAACUUGGCCUUCUUGUGGAGUGAUUGUCAUAAGUUCAGAUGCAUGCAUGUAUUUGUAGAUGAAAGAACCCCAAUCAGAAAUGAAGUGAUUUUAAAUUCACAGUAGCUGAGUGUCCACUAAACAGUUAUUAUCCUGGAGAUUUUCACAUGGACAAUCAGGUGUCAGGAGAAUAUAUCUGGACCUCAGAAGAAACCUGACAGUUAUUUCAGCUCCUGUCUGAUAUCUUGUUCUUUUUUGUAUCAUAGAUCACAGAUGUUUUUAUUUUUUGUUUCAGCUUUGUGUUUUGCAUGACUUAGUGCUUUUUCUGAUCCAAGUGCUUCUUAUCCUGUGCUGUGACGUGGAUGGAGUCUCCCUGAGACGAGCUUGCCACAUAUCAAGGAUAUAACAGAGAAUGUCUUGUGAUCCUCUGACCAUUCAGCUGUUGCUUAAUUUGGGCUUCAUAAAACGAGAGCUGAGAGGUAAUCACAGCUCCAGCAGUGUUUGCUUGUGUGUUAGCGUUUGUACAGACACCGUGUCACUUCAUAGUUAUGUCUGUGCAUUUUGAAGUAGAUCAAUCAUUCAGCUUUUUGAACUUUAACCUUUGUGACCUCUCUGGACUGUUGGCUGUUAAAGAUUGUUACUCCCCCCCCUUCGACCCCACCGCUACACAAAGCAGCCUCAUUCCUACUGACGUUAGGAAGUAAAUCAGGCUUUGUAUGUGGGUUCUGUUCUGAGGCCUUAGCACAGCGUGAGAUGACCAGAGAGCAAGCAGUACCUCCGUCUAAUCAGUUUUUACUGUUCCAGUCAAAUAUCAACAGAUGGCUGUCGUGGCUUUGAUUCUGGACUCCCCUCUCGGUGGGAAGUCACCACCAGCUGCUACACAAACAUUAGUCAGCUUUGGAAAGUACUCCUGGUUCUCAGAUAGCCAGUAACAGUGCAAAUAAUCAUCAAAAUGUUGAACUUAAACUUCUGUAAAAUAGUGAGAGAGUUCCCAAAGGACUGAACUGCAAAGCCUCACUUUUUGUAGUACAGCAAAAUCACAAGUUUAGUUCCAUUUUUUUUUAUUUGCCAAAAGUGCUCUGGAAGCAGAAAUAGCAUCUGGUUAAGUCAUCUCAGUUUUGGCGAAAAGUCGUUGAAACUCAGGUCAAAAUGUUUAAAGAAUCUGAAUUCUGAAUGUGAAGCAGCUAAUGAAAUCAGUUUUGUUAAAAUCAAAGACCUUAGACUAAACCUAAAAAAAACCCCAAUAUUUAGAUACUGAUGCUUUUCUCUGCAUUGGGACAAUCACAAGGCCAAGGCAACAUCUACAAAUACAAUGUGCUGCUUUUCUUCAACUUGUUUAUGCAUUUGAACUAAUUGGCAAGUUUGAUAUUUCACCUUUAAUUGAAUAUACUUUGAAUGUUUGAUUUCGCAUUAGCUAAACCACAUGAAGUCACAACAAUUUCCCUAAAAUCAGAGGCUACAGAGAUGACAAGUCUGCUACUAGCUAGCUAGGCUAGUUAGCAUUCAUUCUACAUUAUCUGGUGCAUCAUUCUUCUCUCCAUUAUCAUUUAAGAUUUAGCGAUUGCAUCACUGAUGUGGUAUAACAAGCUCAAUUAAUUAGAUUUUCAAGCAUAAAGAUAGUUUGUUUUCAUUUCCAGGAAACAGAAAUCAAUUUGUAGAUUAGUUUUAGCUAACGCUAUCUUACCUGCUAGCUUGAAUUAGCCACAGUGAAGCUGAGUCAGUUUGAUUUUUACUUGAUUUUUUCAUUCUUGUGAAUUUAUGCUGUUUUCCUUAAACUUGUACAAUUGAUUUGAUACUUUCUGUGUUAAUGUAAGAUGAUCUUCACUCUGUUUCAUCAAAUAUAUAAUUAUUACCAUUGCAGGGCAGCUUAUUCUAGAGUAACAGCGGUCUAUACAUGCAGUACUAGCGAGUACAUGUACAUGGUAGGCCUCACUAUGAAACAGAACAAGAAAACCCAAGGAAGAGAAACUUCAUUUACAUUUCAUGACCUAUUCGUUCCAGCUUGUUUUGUCAUUGUAAGCUGGCCACAUAUAUUAUGGUGGAAAAAGAUGUUGUUGCUUCUAUUAUUCAGUUUAAUGGCUCACAGACGGACUAGUGUUUCUCUUCAUGCCUCUCUGUCAGCUGUUCCACUACAGUGCCGAUGCUAGUGCAAAUUUUUACUCAGUUCCAACCUUUACCCAAAACUGCUGGUUUAAAAAUUGGAACUAAUGACGUCUGUGCAUCCUGAAAGAUGCACAGAACAUGACUGCAAUCAUGCAAUGCAAUGAGGACAAUAUUCAAUUUUGUACAAUAUAAGAAUUGAUAAUAGUCGCCUAAUGUACAGUAACUCUGAGGUUCAUAAUUUACACUACAUGAACACUAACUUCAGAAUCAUUCUGUGAUUCCUGGCCCACUGAAAAUGAGGGCCCAACGUUCGGUUUUCAAACUUGUAAAAAUGCUGGCUGGUUCUCAAAAGGUACCGAGGCAGAACCAGCUCUGUACUGUUCUGAUGGAAAAGAGGCAGAAGAGAAGCAGGUGUCACAGUCGCUGGUAAUGGCUGACAAUCAAAUAGAGGCACGCUGUGGCUGAAAGUGGGGGGAGGGCUCCUGGAGAAAGCUAAAUUCAAUCAAUGCUGAUCUAAAGGAUAAACAUUGCUUUUUUAGAUUUGACCCUGUGACCUUCUGGCCCCCAAGGCAACAUUCAAGCACCUGCCCCCUUCAGAGGAUCCAUGUUUAUCGUAUAUCUAUUGACUGCUUCCAUCAGAUAUUUUCAUUUGAACAAUGGAGGUGCUGCAGCUCUCUCUCUUUCACCCUUUCUGUCUCUCUGUGCAUAGCAGCAUUUUCAGGGAAGGUUGGCAUGUUUUUAAUCGCGUGGUCACGACAAUCAGGAGAUGUUAAGACAACACUGUAUACCUCCAAACACUCUGACAUCCCUUUAACCACAAUCAAGCCACAUUUCUACCUCAAGACUAAAGCUUUGGCAGAUUUCUGCACAUCAGCCACAACAGAGAAUCCUGUCAAAAGGUGUGUUCAUGUAGGAAAACCUCAUCAAAAGAUGUUGAUGCUGGUUCACACUGGAUAUGAAAGAGAUUGUGAUGACCAUAGACAAUCAGAUAUUACCGGAACUCUGUCUGUCACCUUUAGUCAAUACUCAUUUUAGUUAGCAAGGGGAAUCACAGAGGUUGAUAUAGUUGAGGACUUAGCCUCUGUGGCAACAGCUCCCCUCAGUGGAAGUUGUUGUUAUGAUGCACAAUCAGUUCAGUUUCCCUAAAUGGAAAAACAAAAGGGUUUAAAGGCUUCACAAAUUCACUUUACUUCAGUAGAAAAUACAUCUUUUCAGUGUUCAUAUCCUCAAUGUCUUUAUAGUGUUUUCAGAGUUGUAUCCUUGUCGGACUGUAAAAGCCUUUAAUUCCCAGUUGAACUAGACCCUGAAUUGUUUGUUAGAGGCAGGAGUUCAAGGCAUUCAAAUUAGGAGGUAAUUCAGAAAAACAACCCAGCCAGUGCAUUAUUUCAAUACUCAAGCAUCUUGUCUUGCCUGUGUCUCUGUAGCAGUGAUGAAGAAGCAUCCUCAGCAUCAGAGGCAGCUGAGCUCUGAAAUUUUGAGUCGUAUUGUAGCUGUUAAACUGUAUCUGUGUUCGCUCUGUAGCGGCUGGUAUGAAACUCAAAGCAGAUUUUGGUUAAAACCAGUAUUUCUUCCUGAAUGCUGCAUCUGUGCAUCUGUAGGUGGUUUUCAUCAUUACAUCAGACGAUGUUCACACAGGGAUUUGGCUUUUUUUUAAAUUUGAUUUUGUCAAAGAUGUUGUUGUGUGUUAAUACAGUCAAAAGGUUUGGAUUGAUUACAGAAGUCUGCUUGUUUGAUUCUGUUGUACAGAUUGGAAAAGUGGCUUAGCUGGACUAAUUUUCAUCGCGUUCUUAAUUAAGUACAUUUGGUUUUGUCUUGGAGUUUAAUUUCCUGACGAUAUAAUCAUAUCAGCACAAACCCUCAGAGUCUCUUGUGAUUGACUGGCUCACUCAAAUCAUAUCUUUCAAGUGUUUUACCUUGAAAUAUUGCUGCUUUUUGUCCUACCAGAGCUGUAGAUAAAAUAACUCGCUGAGAUCUUACCAGGUCCAGAGCGGCUUGCAUGGAAAACAAACACCUGUUCCCACAUGCUGCCGAUGUGGACAUUUUGCUGUAACAUUUACGGGUUAAGGUGCACGUGGGUUCAGUGCUUAUGACUGGACUUGACCACUGACUUUACCUCCAUUAGGUGGACUGUGGACUGGGAAAAUGAUAUUGAUAAAUAACGAUGCCUUCUGCUGUGACAAUUGUAUGAAUUAACCUGUAUUAAUAAGAUUCAUUACAUAGAUUUUUUUCUGAAGUAAGGCUUUUUAGGGCGAUGGUUUAUAUCAUGUUUAUAUUAUUUUUUUGCUAUUUCUUUGCCUUUUUUGCCUUUUUUUUUUUUUUUUUUUGCUUUUUUUGGACAUGCUGUAGCAACCCCCGGCACACAGAGAUUACUUCUAGAGCAGGUUUCUGAAUACAGCGACAAUGAUGAUGAUGAUAAUAAUGUGAUUAUUUUAGGGAAGCAUGUGACGUGUGUGUGUGAGCUUCACGUGUCUUCGAGUAUCUUCACAACGGAAACAAGGCUCUGUCUCUUGUCUCUCACAACUUCUCAGGAAAAUCUACCUCUACCUCCAGUUUGAUGCAUUUAACCCAGUGAGGGGCUCAAGUUACAGUUUUAAGCGGAAAGAGGGCAUAAAGAGCGAGCACCAGGGUCCGAAAUCAACUUUAACAUCCCAGAUCAGAUAUGACCACGCUGUUUUCUGAGGCUACACAUGAACUGAAAACAGAACAGGUUUCUUUUCACCCUGGUUUAGGAGGUUUAUUUUGAACACUGGGACGGCUCUCUGUGUCUCUGUUCCUCUCUCCUCGUCGUUACACGUUCGUAACACUUCUGCUGUUUAGUUUAUUUGAGCCCCAACAACGGAACCUCCAGCUCAACAGCUAACUACUACUAGUACUGCAACAAGUACUGCUUCUCGUACCACUGUUAGUACGGCAAGUCUCUUUUUUUUCAGUUUUUCAGUCUGCUCUAUUAAUGUGUGCUUAUUCCCCCUUUUCUAUAAAUGAUUACCUUUUUUUUGAUGAAUGGGAUGUUUCCCAGUAACCAUGGCAACAGUGGAGUGGCAGCAGGAAAUGCAAGUGUUUUUACUUUUUGUUUUUUUCUCUUUUUUUGGAAGAGUGAACAGCUGUUCUUGCCUAUUUACUCAAUAUGUGUUUGUGUGAAUAUUGUUAUUUUGAAUCUGAAAUGAAUAAAAUAUCACCGUUCUUAAAUGUCAA